CGAACGUCAAGACAGCCAGGUUCAGAAAACCCCUUCGCGGAUAUAUGGUGGACACAGUUUGCGAUUUGUCAGACAUAGACAACAACAUACACCUUAAUAGGGGCGCGUCUCCGACACAGCCGCCGACCAAUAACCCGUCUGUCUGGGCAGAGACCAAGGGGAUGAGCGCUCGCCGAGGCCCAAUCAGCGCUGUUGUGUUGCCUGCCGGUGCCGGGGACUGGUCGUGAGGAGCUACAGCAGCGCUUCAGGAUCGGAGAGUGAACCCGGAGCCAGAGGAACCUGAAGGGCAAAGGCGAGUCAGGAUGGAGCGGAUGUCUGAGGAGGCGUUGAGGCUGAACCUGCUUAAGCGGGGUCUAGAGGUGCCUGAUGAGCGAGAGGAGGCCCUGGCCAAGCGCUUAAAGAUGGAGGGUCAUGAGGCCAUGGAAAGACUGAAGAUGCUGGCUCUGCUCAAACGCAAGGAUCUUGCUGCCUUGGAGGGGGCAGCGGUGGCGGCAGCUAUGGCAGAGGGUAAAGUCCCUGGGGGCAGUCAGGGUCUCAUCGCUGAGACACAUCGCUCAUCGCUGAUGGGAGCUGUUGCCUAUGAGGAGAAGAUGAACGGAAGCUUGAGAGUCGGGGGCCACGGGGGCCCUAGCAAGAAUGGGAAGGAAAAUAUUGUAGAUGAGCCAGUGGACAUGAGUGCCAGAAGAAGUGAAAUGGUUCGGGAGCGACGCACUCCGUCACCAGACAUUAUAAUUUUAUCAGACAAUGAGGCAACCAGCCCCAGAAGCACACCCCUCCCUGAGGAGAAACUGCAUCAAGCCAACUUGGAGAUGUUCAAGGGGAAGACUGGUGAGGAACGGCAGCAGAUGAUCAAAGCUCUUCGAGAGGAGCUCCGACUGGAGGAGGCUAAGCUGGUGCUUCUGAAGAAACUGAGACAGAGUCAGAUGCAGAAGGAGAAUUUGGUGCAGAAGGUGCCGGUGGUCCAGAAUGCCCCAUCUUCAGUGCAACCUUCACCCAUGCACAGCUCUCAGGGGCUGGGCAAACUACCUGUACGGCCCGGCAUGCACUCCUCUGAGCCUCAGAAUCAGCGUACUGUGCAGGGCCACACAGUAAUCAGGUCUGCUGCCAAUGCAUCUUUGCCCCCUAUGAUGAUGUCACAACGGGUUAUUGCACCCAACCCUGCCCAGCUGCAGGGUCAGAGACUGCCCUCCAAACCUGCUAUGGGCCGCUCCUCCACCGGUGGUUUGGGUAAUACAGUGAGCUAUCAGCAGGCUGCUAGUCAGCAGGUGGGGGUCUCUCAGCGUUCAGGCUCCUCCUCGACUAUCUACAUGAAUCUGGCACACAUGCAGGCAGCAGGAGCAGCUGGCGUGGCUGGCGUUGGGGUUGGUGCUGUCAGCCCCUCCACCCUAUCCAGUGCAUCCAGUGUUGCUUCUCUGAACGACCAGGCCAGCAGCCAAGCAGCUGCUAAACUUGCCCUACGUAAACAGCUAGAGAAGACCCUGCUGGAGAUCCCACCACCUAAACCUCCAGCACCCCUGCUGCACUUCCUGCCCUCUGCUGCCAACUCUGAGUUUAUCUACAUGGUGGGGUUGGAGGAGGUGGUGCAGAGCGUCAUUGAUAGUCAGGGUAAAAUGCGGGGGUCACUGCCACAUGUGGAGCCGUUCUUCUGUGCUCAGUGCAGGACUGACUUCACCCCGCACUGGAAGCAGGAGAAAAGUGGCCGUAUCCUCUGCGAGCAGUGCAUGACCUCCAAUCAGAAGAAGGCCCUUAAAGCAGAGCACACCAAUAGGCUGAAGAAUGCUUUUGUUAAAGCUCUACAGCAAGAACAGGAAAUUGAGCAGAGGUUGCAGCAGCAGGCUGCUCUGUCCCCCAGCUCUGCCCAGACUGUGCCCAGUGUGAGCAAAGCAGAGACAAUGAUCCGACACCAUGCCCUCCGACAGACUCCGCAAACACAGGCUUCUCUGCAGCGGGGUCUGUCCAGCUCAGCGCGAGGUGUCCUCUCUAACUUCGCCCAGGCCUCCCAGCUCUCGGUGGCCAGUGGGCUGCUUGGUAUGACAAGCAAGCGCUGUGGCAGCAGCAGCAACAGCGGUAGCAGCAGCAGCAGUCGGGCUCAGCAUGACAACCGCAGGCAGAUCUACAACAUCCCUGGUCUGAAUAUUGCCUAUCUAAAUCCAGGAGCCAUUGGGGGCCACAAGGCAUCAAGCCUAGCAGACCGUCAGCGGGAGUAUCUGCUCGACAUGAUUCCCCCACGCUCCAUAUCCCAGUCCAUCACUGGGCAGAAAUGAGCCCUGACAGGACUGCAGAUCCCCCUCGGACGCCCCACCACCCCUCUGUUCUACAUCAGAACAACCCACUUCCCCCCUCCCCCAACACAUACACACGCACACACACCCUCACCCCAUCGCAUGCAGUGCCUGUCCGUGUGCCUACCCAACUAACCCAUAAGAACAGCUCAAUCAGCCAGACUAUAAACACCAGACUGUCCGUGCAUCUCAAACUUCAGUUUCCUACUAUAGCAAAUCUCUUUAUUGUUAUCUCAACUUAUUAUUGCUGUUGUUAUUGCUACUUCUAUUAUUAUCACAGUUAUUAUUAGUAGUAUUAUUGUUGCUUCUGUUACAGUUAUUCUUAUUACACUUAUUAGUAUGUUUAGUGGUUUUUUUGAAUCUUUUUAUUUUCUUGCCCUUUUUACACUUUUUUUCUUUUUAGAGGGAGGAUGCCAGAUUGCAGGGUCCCUUAAAAAUAUAAAAGGUUAUUUUUAAAGCCUCCUCCCUCAAUCGCCCCUGGAAAAAUUAGACGAGUUCUCUCAUGUUGUCAGUUUGAUAUUGGAAUGGCUAAAGGAAUAAUUCACCCAAAAAUUAAAAUUCUAUCAUAAUUUAUUUAUCCCUAUGCCAUUUUAAACCUGUAUGACUAUCUUUUUUUCUUUUAUUUUUUUUUUCUUGGAACACAAAAGGAGAUGUUAGCCAGAAUGUUGGCCUCAGUUACCGUUCACUAUCAUUAACCAUACAACGAAAGUGAUUGCGUGAGUGAAGCUGUCAGUCCUAAAAAUUCUGCUAUUUGUUUUGCACUGAAGAAACAAAGUUAUACAGGUUUGGAAUAACAUGAGGGUGAGUACAUUAUGACAAAAUUUCACUUUUAGGUGAACUGUCCUUUUUAAAACUUUCUUAUCUUCGAAAGACUAAUCUUUGUAGCUUCACACAUUUGAAACUGCAGAGUCCUCCAACAAGAGCCUUUUCUACAAAUGAGUCCAGAAGACCCGAGACGGACUCAUGUACAUCGAUUUGAUUGAUCCUCAAUGCACAGUGGUGCUGAUCAAUGUUGGUUCUGCCUUGAAAGGCUAAACAAAUACAGAACACCCAACAUUAUCUACAGAUUGACUAGUGAUACACUGAUGGCAGAUGAUGUACUGCACACAGAGGAAUGGAUGUAAGUGUGUUCGAAAUGGGCUACACCAUCAGAAGGGUAAAGAGCAGAGAGGGCCUGCACUGGUACUGUCUAGUCCACUGUUAGUGAAUGUACAGGAUGAAACUAAAAAAAGGUAUUAAUUUGAGGCCCAUUACUUUGCUUACCAUUGAUAUGUAUGUGCCCACCAUCAGAAUCUCCCAUUUCUCUCAAUGCCUUCUUUUAAAGGAUGCAGUGAUGUCAGCUUGUCAAAUAACUUUUUUUUGUGACAACGUCAUGUGUCACCCCACCACAAAGAAUGAAGCCAGAGCAUUUUGUCACCAUGGACACCUUUUUGAUUUUUUUUUGUUUGCGCUUGGGUUUUUUGUUUUCUCCCCUCCAUGCCUUUAUUUGAUGUUCUUGAUUUAUAUUAUUUUAUUUGGUCGGCGUCUCCAUCCGAAAUGGUCAUGUAUCUGAAAGGUACAAUGCCACUGGAGACGAUAAUCGUUGAAAUGGCAAACAGGUGGAAUUAUUCGAAAAAUGGUGUAUGCAUAGAUUGUUAACGUGAGUUUUAACAGAAGGCAUUGACAAGGAUCAAUCGUGUUAAAGCAAUGCACAUGAGAUGCCUCAUUGUGGAGGAGCACUUCUUCUUAAUUGAAAAAAUGGUUAAAAAAAGAGGACAAGAAUGUUUCAGCUCACAGGAUCUUAAGGUAUGGAUGCCAUCAGAUGUCUCGGAGAGGGUUUGGAGAAAGAUAAUUUUGUGUAUUGUGCAGUGAAUCUCAUCUUUUCAAAAGAGACCUACUUUUUCUCCUGAUGAUUGCAUUUCAAGUUAUGGUACAGUAAUUAUAGACUUAUUCUUAUGUUUCAAAAGUCAUGUAAGAUUUCCUGGAGGCAGUCGGGUGGUUCCGUUUGAAUGUUGUCCAUAGUGACAAUACAAGCAGUGUUUAGUCAAUAUGCAGUAUUAGUGAUCAAGUGUUUUUGUGCAGGAAAUUUCUGCAUUCUGGUUGGCUGAUAGACCACAGUCACUAACUGCAAUCUUUGUCAGAUUUAGUCAGCAUUACCAUCAACUCCUUUUAGAUACCUUUUUGGGGUAGUUCUCUAUGUUUCAGUGACAUGGGUCAUGAGAUGAUUAUAAAGACAAUUGACAAAAAGUAAAGCACUUGUAUUUUUUCUAGCCUUAGCAUUUACAAUGAAACAUUCGACCCUUUUGGAAAUCACUUUUUGAGGUCUACCAUGCAGGUCAAGUUUGGAUGUUUAAAAGUGUUUUCUAAAAGCGGUGAAUUAAUGGAAAGACAUCUUUUGGUCAUGUGUAUAAUCACUGAUCCUUGUAGUUUGAAUAUAUUUUUUUUUAAUGGUGACCUGUAUAAUUCCACUGAUUUGUGGCAAAACGAUGCAACUUUUGAUGAAAAAAAAAAGAUUUUGAAGCUACCUUGGGUUAAAUUUACAGGUGCAAUAUUAGAUGGUAGAAUGUUUACAUCAUUUUGUUCUCGUAAUUGAUGAAUCUAUUCCUGUUUGUCAUUAUGUUCAGUCUUUGAUUUUAAAGGGAUGAUUUGAUCUUUAGUCCAAAUUUAUAAUCUUUAUUUUUAUUUUUUUAUUUUUAUUUUGAAAUGAACGUAGGGUGUUUAUAGUAAAACUCAUUUCUCUCUCCUGCUCUCUCUUGUAGACUAUAUUAGAUGGAUCCAUAUACCUGUUCAUAUUUAUGAGAGUUGGAUUUUUGAAGUUUAACUUUUAACUCCUCGAUUAAGUUCCAUUUUGUUUGGUUGUUUAAUUUCACCUGUUUUCUUAAAAAAAAAAAAAAAAGAAAGAAAAGAAAGAAAAAAGAAGAAAAUAAUCAAAUUUAAUCAAACAAAAAAAAAUGUAUGAACAGAUGACACGAUAUUUGCUAGGUCAGAAGUAAUAAUGACUUAUUGUACAUAUGCUUUUUUUUCCCCCCUUGAAUUAAAAAUAAUGAAAUGAAAUUAAAAUGGUUGUAUAUUGUGUAGAAAAGCAAACAAAAAGCCAUGAAUAUUGUGAAGCUUGUCAUUUCGUUUUGUGAUCACUGUGUAUUAUUGUGUAACAAAUGUGCAAAAUGUAUGGGAUUAUACUUCUCUUGUUUUUGAAUGAGCUCUUUAGAUGCAUUUUCUCCCCGGCUGUAAGUUUUUGUAGUAUGUAGUAUUUGCAGAAGAAAAAAAUCUUUGUUCUGGUGGAGCGUUUGAUCCAUUCUGUAGUCUUUGGACUGGCACAUGAUGGGACAGUCUCGUUUGUUACUUUUUUGGUUACCUUUUUAUUUUUAUUUCAAACACUGAAGUUAAGUAGAUGUACCAUAAUCAAGUUCUUUUCUCCCAGAUGUCCCACACAAAGUGUUGGUCUUAAAGGAAAUAGACUGGAUGAAACAUUUGACAGUAUUAUCCCUCUCUUGACCAAAUCUCUUGACCUAUCAUAAUAAUUGUUAUAUCAAAGCACGCUAAUGCUCAAUAACGUUACUUUUAGCUAAAUUACUGGGUGCAAUUUACCCUACAGGGGAGAUCGUGACAUUUUUUUUUUUUUCUUUUCUGUUGCUUACAGUACAAACCUUCUUCAAUAUAUCCCUUUUCUUCAAUAUAUCCCAAUUUAAUUUUCUCUGAUGGGGAAAAAAAUCACAAUGCUCUUAUUUCUUUUUCAUGGUAAAUUGUAUACAUUGUAUACGAUGGCAAAAAAAAAUUUGUUUGUUUUUGACUGUUCCAAAGCUUAUUGCCUUCAGCCUUUAAAUCAUUAGACAAAAAAAAUAUAUAAUAUGGAUGGACAAUUUGCACACAUGCAAGUAUUGAUUCUAAGGUUUGUGACAUUAUUAGAUAUACUUUUUCAAGUUUCAUGUCAUGGAUAGACUGUCCAUAAUUCUCUGACUGGACAAUCAGCUUUUCUGGAGAUCUAGCGCUGGGAUUUACUUCUCUCCACCAUGUGAUAUUUUGCAUUGUUUUGCUGAUUUUUUUCUUUUCUUUUUUUUUUUAAUAUUCACCUGUUUUUUGUUUGCAAGUACAGUUAAUUUCUGUUGAAGUGGGAGAGAGGGUUUGGGGUCAUUAUUUCUGUUUCAUUUUCAAAAUUUCAUUUGAGCUUUCAAAUAUUUUUAAAUAGACUUAGCUGCAGUUUACCCAGUUUGAAUUUUGAAGUAAAUGGCAAUAUGUUGAAAUCCGUUUGUAAAAGAAAACUAUGGUUCGUUAAAAAGUGUACAGUUUAAAAAGAAAUGAAGUACUGGAGAUUGGCUUAAACAAUUAUUGAUUUUAGUCAAGGAAAUAAGUGCUUUUUGUCAAGUUUUUAUUUUUGUUUAGAACAUUUAAUCCAGACCUUUUGCACAUCCUUGAUAUUUAACUGUCUAAGAUGGAGGUGAAAAAAAUGCUGUUUGAUUACUGCCGGUUGAUUAACAACAAUUAUGCAUUGACUGAAAAAAAUAAGCUAAUUUUGGAGGAAAUAACUUUGUAAUAUUUAUCACUUGCAAGCUAUGUUUAAUAAAGGAUG